AUGUCUCGUCGCGACCCCAUGUCCAGUGAUAAUGAAUUGUUCAUGCGAAACCAGGUUCACGCUCUGCACUGCACUGCCCAGUCAACCGUGGGAGCAGCAGAGUAUGCUUUGCAUUUUCGGCCCAUUGAAGGCUGCUUUCCCGUAGAGGCUAAGUUUGCCGUAUCAGGGACCGAGCCCAAAGCAGCCAGCUACUCAAACUGGCUCUCAACCAGGUUCUUCGAGCCCUUCGGCCCAGGCUACCUCUCACUGUCAGGCUUGGACUCGUGCAGCCUCUGGCAGCUUCUUCGACCCGGCUUCCAGCCGGGCGAAGGGGAGGAUCUGCCGUUCGCAUCUCAGACUUUCCGGACUGGAAUUCGCACGACUCGGAAAGGUCACAGAUGUUAUGAGGAUGGUUAUGCCAUACGUACUCUUGUUCAGAGAGAUGUGGAUGGCCGAGUUAGACCUGCACCUGUCACGUGA